AGCCUUCAAAGUCCUAAAACGCGCGGCCGUGGGUCCGGGGUUUAUUGAUUGAAUUCCGCCGGCGCGGGAGCCUCUGCAGAGAGAGAGCGCGAGAGAUGGACAUGAACAAACGGAUUCAUUUAGAGCUGCGGAACAGGACGCCCUCUGAUGUGAAAGAGCUUGUGCUGGACAACUGCCGGUCGAAUGAAGGCAAAAUCGAGGGCCUGACAGAUGAGUUUGAAGAACUGGAAUUCUUAAGUACAAUCAACGUCGGCCUCGUGUCAGUUGCAAACUUACCAAAGUUAAACAAACUCAAGAAGCUCGAACUAAGCGAUAACAGAAUCUCAGGGGGCCUGGACGUGUUGGCAGAAAAGUGUCCGAACCUUACGCAUCUAAAUUUAAGCGGCAACAAAAUUAAAGACCUCAGCACGAUAGAGCCCCUGAAAAAGUUAGAAAACCUCAAGAGCUUAGACCUUUUCAACUGCGAGGUGACCAACCUGAACGACUACCGGGAAAACGUGUUCGAGCUCCUCCCGCAGCUCACGUACCUCGACGGCUACGACCGGGACGACAAGGAGGCCUCUGACUCGGAUGCCGAGGGCUACGUGGAGGGCCUGGACGAUGACGAGGAGGAGGAGGACGAGGAGGAGGAUGAGGACGAGGAGUUGUUUGACGAAGACGCUCAGGUAGUGGAAGACGAGGAGGACGAGGAGGAGGAGGAGGAGGGUGAAGAGGAGGACGUGAGUGCAGAGGAGGAGGAGGACGAAGAAGGUUACAACGACGGGGAGGUGGAUGAGGAAGAGGAGGAAGAAGGCGGUGAGGAAGAGAGGGGUCAGAAGCGGAAACGAGAGCCGGAAGACGAGGGAGAUGAGGACGACUGAGCGGAAUCCCGACUUUGAACGAUUCCUGUCGUGAUCUGACUGUUUUUACCCGUAUCCCCUCCCCCCUCCUCCAAAUCCUGCCCCCUGAAACUUAUUUUUUUCUGAUUGUAACUGUUGCUGUGGGAACGAGAGGGGAUGAGUGUCCGGGGGCCGUGGGGGGCGGGGGGCGGGCGGGCGGGGUGGAAUAAAAGACUAUUUUUACUGCCACUCUUUAUGUUCUUUUCCCCUACUCUGCCUCUGUGUCUGGUUUUGUCCCUGUCAAUGCAUCAGCCGAGCACACAACCGAGCGAGCACCUGCCCCGUACCCUCGGCGGCCGGCCUCGCUGUAUGCACCCCGAGCCCGCAGCGGCGUCCUCCACUCUUGCUCUGGGCCACGUGAUUUCUGCAUUUCUUGGGUCUGCUCGGGGCACGGGGUGCCCUGGUUUGUACAUAGCAAUCUGCAGGCGGGUGGACCUUGGCACGGGUCCGGGGACUCUGCCCCGUCUCGCCUCCCUCUUCCGCCCCUCCCACCCCUUCGCAGAUGGUGGCGGGCUUCCCCGUCUCUGCAGAGAGGAUGCUGCAGGGCCUCCUGGGAGCCACGGGCCGGGAUGCUGAGAGCACCGUCGUAUUUUUGAGUUGCAAGUAAACCGGAUUUGACGACGAACACGAGAGGAGAAGACAGAAACCCUGCAGCGUCAGCCUGUUCUUAAGGAAAAAGAAAAAACUGUCCCAUCGGGUUCUGUGAGAUGUUAGCACGCCUGGUUUUACCAAAAUGACCGCAUCCUUCCACGUGUCUGCCUCUGUCACCGGCCGGAACAUGGGAGGUGUCACUGCAUGUCGCUGGGGUUUGGGUUUCAUUUUUUUUUUUUUUUCAUACACCCGAGCACGGAAAAACUAAUGCAAAGUUGUAUUUUCUUACCUAGCGGGGGGGUGGGAAGUAACCACAGGUUCCUGGCUUUAGAAGUGAUGUCGCCUCCUAACCCCGUGUUCCAUCCCAGGUUUUCUCUCGCCCCUCAGAAGAGCCAAACUUUGAGUUUUAUGUCUGUUUGUCAUUGAUAAAUUUCAAUAAAUCUUUUUAUACAA